AGUUCUUAAAGACCAUUCAACAUGCUUAAGACAAUAACUUGCAAACACAUUGUGCUCUUCUAUCUGUUGGCCAUGCAUUUGGUAAGGGCUACGGGGUCAGCGAGAAAUAAACGUUUUCUAAUAUUUCCCGAAGGAGCACCCACAAGACAUCAGUUUAUUGGAGGCAUUGGUAUACCUGUGGACUUGGAAUAUGAAUCACUGACCAGUGGUUAUGUCCUUAAAGCCAUGUAUUGGCUACCAUAUAAUGAGACUCAUUUUCGUGAGAAUCCUUAUUUGCCAGAAUAUAAAAACGAAUUACCUAAUGUUAAUAACCGAGCCUUUGGGGGAAAUCAUCAUCGGGAGAGGCGUUCCACGCUACGUUGGGAUAUUUACGAUAUAUUAAGUGAACGUUUGAGCAGUUAUGGCUACAAGGGCCAAGAGUGUGUAAUGAAGGCAAUCUGUGAAGCUAAUGCCAUGACAUUUGUUAGACAUUAUGAUGUCUUUGGAGAGUUAAUGCACAUACUAUUCAGCCCAUCUACGUCCCGUGAUAUGGAUACCGAAAUGAGUCAAAAUUUUAAGGAAGCCGAAAAGCAGGGAGCAUCUCUUGGAGACUGCGAUAUAUACGAAUGUAAAUUUUCCAUGUUAGAUGUUGUAUCGAAAAUUUUA